ACUGAAAGUGGGGAAAUGGUCUGUACGAUAUGUCAGGAAGAGUAUUCCGAAGCACCUAAUGAAAUGGUUAUAUGUGAUAAAUGUGGCCAAGGUUAUCAUCAGCUGUGUCACACACCAAAUAUUGAUUCCAGCGUGAUUGAUUCAGAUGAUAAAUGGCUCUGUCGACAGUGUGUUUUUGCAACAACAACAAAGAGGGGUGGUGCGCUGAAGAAAGGACCAAAUGCCAAAGCGCUACAAGUCAUGAAGCAAACAUUACCGUACAACGUAGCAGACCUUGAAUGGGAUGCAGGCCAUAAAACCAAUAUCCAGCAAUGUUACUGCUACUGUGGAGGCCCUGGAGACUGGUAUUUAAAGAUGCUGCAGUGCUGCAAAUGUAACCAGUGGUUUCAUGAGGCUUGCGUGCAGUGUCUCCAAAAGCCAAUGCUUUUCGGUGACAGGUUUUAUACAUUCAUUUGCUCAGUUUGCAGUUCUGGACCAGAGUACCUCAAACGUUUACCCUUGAGAUGGGUAGAUAUAGCACAUCUAUGCCUUUACAACCUAAGUGUUAUUCAUAAGAAGAAAUACUUUGAUUCAGAGCUUGAACUUAUGACAUACAUUAAUGAAAACUGGGAUAGAUUGCACCCUGGUGAGCUGGCAGACACACCAAAAUCUGAAAGAUAUGAGCAUGUACUGGAAGCAUUAAAUGAUUACAAGACCAUGUUUAUGUCUGGAAAAGAGAUAAAGAAAAAGAAGCAUUUGUUUGGCUUGAGAAUUCGUGUUCCUCCUAUGCCACCAAAUGCUGCUUUAAAGGCGGAGAAAGAACCAGAGGGAACAUCUCAUGAAUUCAAAAUUAAAGGCAGAAAAUCAUCCAAACCCAUACCUGAUGCAAGGGAAAUAAGUAAUGGCAUUGAAAAACAGGGGAAGAAAAAAUCAGUAGGUCGUCCACCUGGCCCAUAUACAAGAAAAAUGAUUCAAAAAAUUUCAGAGCCGCCAUCUUUGGAUAAGGAACCAGUCCCAGUGCUAGAGAACCCGGCCUUGGAUUUACCCUGCUCUGUUGGGAGAUCUGAUGGAACUGCUCAUUCAUCCAAUACCUCAGAUGUGGAAUCCACAGGUGCUGCCAGUACAAAAGAAACUACCUCAUCUAGCAUUUCCAGGCAUUAUAGCUUAUCAGACUCCAGAAAAAGGACUCGUACAGGAAGAACUUGGCCUGCUGCAAUACCACAUUUGAGGAGAAGAGGUCGCUUUCCACGAAAAGCACUCCAGCCUCAGAAUUCAGAAAUUGUAAAAGAUGAUGACAGCAAAGAAGAUUAUCAAUAUGAUGAACUCAAUACAGAGAUUCUUAACAAUUUAGCAGAUCAGGAAUUGCAGCUGAAUCAUCUAAAGAACUCAAUUACUAGUUAUUUUGGUGCAGCAGGUAGAAUAGCUUGUGGUGAAAAAUACCGUGUUUUGGCUCGUCGGGUAACCCUUGAUGGAAAGGUGCAGUAUCUUGUGGAGUGGGAAGGAGCAACUGCAUCCUGACUGUAGGACUGAACAUGUUCACUGCACUGUCAUCUGUAGGUACAGUUUAUAACCCAUGGCUCUGAAGGAGACAUGUCUUUACUGUGUUUCUAAAAAAGAACCAAUUUAGCCUUAACAUGUACUUGUUAACAUUACAAAUAUUGUGAUAAAGAUUUUUCUUAAAAUCAGAUCUGAU